GAGAGGAAGUCGUGCAGCCAAGUGGCUGUGCCUCCUUCACGUUGCACACCUUCCACCAUCUUUCGACUACUUUACUCAUCCUCUUGCACCAGCUCAUACCUUACACAAUGGAAGCUGUAAUGAGAGUCACAGACACUAUCAAGUCCUUCAGAGAAACACGCCUAGCAGCUCUCAGACCGCCUACUGAAUUUUUCGAUUAUCAGCGCAUUUCACGACCUUCAGACUUUAACCAAGCUACUCAGAGAAUAACGUAUAACACGCGAUACUUCUCAGGGAACUAUGUUCUCAUCAUCGCUCUGCUGGCUGUAUAUGCCCUUAUCAGUAACCCCCUUCUUUUAAUCGCUCUCGGUUUCUUGGUCGGAGGUUUUAUCGCAAUCAACAAAUUUGGUCCGGAACCCAUGCAAAUGGGGGAACACACUAUAACCCAAAAACAUCUUUACACUGCCCUCUUUGUCAUCGGUCUUCCCCUCCUUUUCAUCGCGUCGCCUGUGAUGACCUUCUUUUGGCUCGUCGGGGCUUCCGGAGUGCUCAUUCUUGGACAUGCGAGCUUCAUUGAACCCGGUGUUGAAAGCGAGUAUGCUGCUGUUCAGGAUACUGUUUAACAUCAUCCUGAUGGGACUUGUACAAUCCUAGUACAUAUGAUAUUCCAUAGCAAAUCCGCCUGUGAAAUAGAGUACACAUACAUCUGCAAUACCUCUGAACACAGGAAGACAGUGAACCCUCGUUUUCUAAGAGCAUGGUGAAGGUAGUAUAAGUUGAUAUGUUA